UAAUUCCCAUGCUUAUCUUGCUCGAUGGACGGAUCUCGACGUCCUCACGAGAAGAAACUGCAUCUCACUUCUCCGUCGGACGAAGGUUUCCUUUGUCUUGGUCCAAAACUACCCACUCCACCAGUACUGGUUUCCACUAUCCGGAUAUGGACAAUUCUUAGGGGUUUGACACUGUGUUCAGAUUCUUCGGUUAUCAGCCUGUGUUGUUGCAAUUCCUUAACUUCCAAUUUGAAGUCAGCUCGUCGUCAGUUAGAAUGUCACAAGUGUGUUCAGAAUCAUAGCGCAACGCGUUUUGCUCUUGGUUGUUGGCAUUGAGAAUUGGGUACUGAGUUGGUGGGAGGAAGAUUGCGGAACUCGUUUUGUGCUGUUGAACAAAGGGCUGUUGCGGGAGGUCGGAGGAGGCUGACGUUAAGAGAGCUGUGCACAGACGAGAGAAGGUUGUGCCAUCGUCCCGUCAUCCAUCCGACUCAAAAUUAUACUCACUGACGUGGUUUUUACUGGUGCAUCGAGGUUUUUCUCAUUCUUCUGUGGUGAAGUUUUUCGCAAAGUACAUGAGAAGGUGUGGAUGUUUCAAGACAUACUACCGUUAUUUUGGGUUCUUCUGAUUACAGAGGAAGCCAGACUCUUGUUUCAAUGAUCUCUUCAAGCAACCAGCCUGUUCAUCGUGGCUUUCUUACCCUUCCUUCAUCAUCAGCCCUUGAUGGUUGGUCAAGUUAUUCAGGCAAUCGACGGGGUCGUAGAGUGGUUGUAAAUGUCUGUGUUAGAACAUUCCAAGAACAGCUUAGCUUAACCGAAGAAAAGGAGCGGACGCGUUCGGUCAAAGAUGUAUGGCGCUCAAAGAGAAAUGGAGGACAGGCAAAGAAAUGUUCCGAAGCAGCAGAGAGCACAAGCUAUGUUGGGGAGACAGUCCAUAAAGAUCGCCCACUUGACCCAUUAACGUUCCUAGCCACAAACCCUAAUUUACCUCUUUCUAUACGUAAUGAAUUCUCUCUUGCAAAUGUGGGUGGUACCACAUUACCGUGUGAUACAUCAGAAAAAAAUUCAAAAAGGAAUGUUUCGAAGAAGCCUUCACAACUGGGAAAGGACGUCUGGCGUUCAGGUUCCAAGCUCUUGGCUGAGGAGCAGUUGGCUGACAAAUCCGAAUUGGCGACAUCAUCAAACAAGUACACAAGUGCUAGAAGUGACAGGUCGAGGAGCGUCUCUGGAAAGAACGUUUGGAGAGGAAGGAAGAGUGACGAUGGUCCGGCAAUGAAUAUACAAUCCUCGGGUAACACGAACAAAAGUCGAAAAUCAAGGAAGCGGUUGUAUUUGGUGGAUGUCCACCCUUUGUGUUACAAUGGGAGUAAGGUGCAGCCAAGAAAGGUAAUCGAAUGGAUGACUCUACUUUUCUCUGAAGUUGUUCAAGACAACCCAAUUAUUGCAGUUAUGGAUGGUGAACGGGGAAACGAAUAUAGAAGAGCACUUUUGCCUAGUUAUAAGGCAAAGAGGAACUUUUACAGGCCACUUGGAGCAGGAUACGGACACUCAAGCGCAGCCAAUGACUUACGGAAAGCUUUACCAUUAAUUCAUGGGUUCCUAUCCCUGUGUCACAUACCUGUGGUGAAGCAGGAGUUUGCAGAAGCGGACGAUGUUAUAGCUACUCUGGCGAGGCAAGCACGUCACAAAGGUUUCCAGGUGGUAAUUGCCUCACCAGACAUGGAUUUUCAGCAACUUCUCACUCCCGAUGUGCAUAUGCUACUGCCAGUCCCUGAGCUUGGACGCUGGUCUUUCUUCACGCUACAGAAUUAUGUUGCACAGAACACAGCUACUCCUGAUUUAGAGCUCGGAUUGAAGUGCUUGUUGGGAGAUGUCAGUGAUAAUGUUCCUGGCUUGCCGGAUGUUUCGCCAGGAUUUGGGAAAAACACAGCUUUGAAAUUGAUGCUAAAGCAUGGCUCAUUAGAAAAUUUGCUAGCUGCAGCAGCUACACGUACAGUUGGUAGAGAAUACAUACAGGAUGCUCUUAAGAAACAUGAGAACUUGCUUCGGAGGAAUUUGCAGGUUCUUAGUCUGCGCACAGAUGUUGAUGUAGUUCUGGAGGAGGAGUGGUGUCGGUCACGGUGUAUUGAUAAUGAUAUCUUGGCCCUACAGCUCUUAAAUGAAAGAUUGCGAAGUCGGUGAUGUCAACCUUGGAGGCUACUUACGAGCUUUGGAAACGUUCAAUCACUUGAUUUUUCU